AUGCCACACAAGGAGCGCCGUCGCUCCAGCAGCUCGCUGGUCGGUCUGCGGCGGCCGAGCACCCAGCACAGCUCCGACGUGUCCGAACUUAAUCUAUUGAAAGAGGAGACGCACACAGGAGAUCACUUUCUGACGCCGGCGCAGUUGGAGGUCGUAUACCGCACCAACAUCACCAACGGCCUCACCGAAAGCCUCGCCGCCGAGCUACUUGAGCACAACGGACCCAAUGAGCUCAAAGAGCUGCGCGGUACUAGCUACGGAAAAAUAUUCCGACGCAACCUCUUCGGCUGGUUCCAGUGCGUGCUUUGGUGCGGUGCCAUACUUAACUUCAUAGGUUACCUCUUCUCCGACAUGGUGGACUCUGGACACGGGGGCGGUCACACUGGCAAGGACUACUUGUACUUAGGAUGCGUCAUAACAGCCACUAUUCUUGGCACCGGCUUCUUCGGCUUCUAUCAAGAAGCCAAAAACAUUGCAGUUAUGAGCGGCUUCGAGAAAAUGGUGCCGGUGGACGCGAUCGUGAUUCGAGAAGGAUUAAAGAAAAAAAUACCAAUAAAUGGAAUCGUCGUGGGCGAUAUACUGGAGCUGAAGAGCGGAGAGAUUGUCCCAGCUGACAUCAGAAUACUGGAAUCCAAUAAUUUUAAAACGGACAUGUCUUCUUUAACCGGUGAGUCGAAGCCGGUAAAGCACACUCCGAAGUGUACGAACAAAAACCCUCUGGAAUCCAAAAACAUGGCCUAUUUCGGGUGUACCAUCGUGGAGGGCACGGCGAAGGCGGUAGUGGUGGCAACCGGAGAGUUGACUCAGAUAGGCAAGAUCGCCGGCCUCGUCACCGGCCUCGAGAAGGACGAAACGCCCAUUGCUAAGGAAAUAACUCAUUUUAUAAAACUCGUUUGUGGAGUGGCCUUCACAUUUGGAUUUUUAUUUUUUAUAAUGGUUUAUUUUGUACAAAACAGUUGGCUCUCGGCUCUACAGUAUAUGCUCGGAAUUAUCUUAGCGAACGUACCUGAAGGGCUAAUAGUAACAUUAACCGUGUGCAUGACACUGUCGGCUAAACAAUUGAAAAAGAAAAAUUGUCUCGCGAAAACUUUGCAAGCUGUCGAGACUUUGGGGUCGACGUCCUGCAUAUGCUCGGAUAAAACGGGUACGUUAACAGAAAAUCGAAUGAGCGUUACGCAUCUCUUUUGUAAUUUCGCCAUAUACGACAAGGAAGAUCACACGCACGUGUCUGAUUCGACGUACGCCGAGCUGUGCCUGGCGGCGUCGCUCAAUUUGAAAGCUGAGUUUGCGCACGACAGCUUGAAAUACCCCGUCAAGCAAAGGAAAAUUAUUGGCGACGCAUCAGAGUCGGCGAUACUGCGGUACAUGGAAAUCAAUCGGUCCGCGACGCAAACUCGGGAAAUGAAUCCGAAAGAAGCGGAGAUACCUUUCAGUUCGGCUUACAAAUAUCAGGUCACCAUCCACCGAAUGCAGGCCACCCAAAGUUAUUACCUGAUUAUGAAAGGUGCUCCCGAGAUCAUUCUCGAACAUUGUAUUAACGUGUUAACCGACGACGGAAUCAUUCCGAUCACGCCGGAAAUAAAGAAGGAACUACAAUCUUACUUUAUUAAAAUGGCGAACAUGGGCGAGCGCGUGAUAGGCUACUGCGAUUAUAAACUCCCGAUAGAAACUUAUCCCCUGGGAUAUGCAUUCGACGCUCAAAAUCGUAAUUUUCCAAUCGAUGAUUUAAAUUUCAUCGGCGCUAUAUCGAUGAUAGAUCCUCCUCGAAAAAAUAUCGACAAGUCUAUAGCUCUAUGCAAACAGGCGGGUAUUAGAGUCCUGAUGGUGACGGGCGACCAUCCCGUCACUGCACUGUCGAUAUCCCGCCAGUGCGGUACGAUAACGCAACCCACGGCAUACGAUUAUGCUUUCGAGCAUCACAUAGACUUAGCCGAUGUUCCGUUACACAUAAAAAACCAAUUCAAAGCCGUCAUCAUCACUGGCGACGAGCUCAGGACGAUGAGUGUCAACGAUUUGAAGAUGGCGGCGAAUAAAUAUGAGGAAAUAACAUUCGCCCGCACCAGUCCGCAACAAAAACUUUUCAUUGUGGAAACGCUGCAGUCCUUGAAACACGUGGUUGCAGUAACGGGAGAUGGCGUCAACGAUUCCCCCGCCUUGAAGAAAGCCGAUAUCGGCAUCGCUAUGGGAAUAACCGGCACCGAGGUGUCCAAGCAGGCCGCCGAUAUGAUUCUUUUAGAUGACAAUUUUGCUUCCAUCGUGCUUGGUAUAGAGGAAGGUAGACGCAUAUUCGAUAAUCUCAAGAAAACUAUAGCCUACACUCUAACUUCUAACACUCCCGAGAUGUUGCCUUUCGUUCUGUACGCACUCUUGGGCAUGCCUCUGCCUAUUACUUUGAUUUUAAUUCUAGUCAUCAAUGUGGGCACGGACUUGUUGCCGGCGAUGAGUCUGGCGUACGAGACGUCGGAGGAGGACAUAAUGUCGAUACCUCCGCGAAAGCCAACGGAUCGUCUCGUUAAUAAAGUAUUGAUUUACAUGGCGUAUUUUCAAGUCGGUUUGAUUCAGUUCUUUGCUGGAAUGUACGCGUACUUUACGGUCUUCGCGUCCAGCGGGUUCUUUCCUUCAACGUUGAUGUUUGUGCGCAAAGAAUGGGAGACGCCGACGCACACGUUCCUUGACACUCUGGGUCGGCCGUGGUAUUACCAUGACAGGAAGCACGUCGAGAGGCAGGCGCAGACCGCCUACUUUGUCGCAGUUUGCUGGACCCAGAUAUCUGACGUCAUCAUUUGUAAAACGAGACGCAUCUCAUUAAUCAAAAAGGGUAUGCGCAAUCAUGUUUUGAACAUUAGUAUUGUUGUUAAUUUAUUCGCUGCACUUUUGGUGACUUAUUUUCCUUUGUGUCAUGAAGUUUUCAAUACGGAAUCACUGUUGUGGUAUCAUUUCUUCUUGGCGAUACCGUUCAUGGUGCUUAUGAUAGUAGGCGAUGAACUCAGGCGAUAUAUUAUCCGGAAUAAUAUCUCUAAAUGGGUAGAGGAAGAAACCUAUUACUAA